AAUCCUGCCUGGUCUUUCAGCCUGCAGGAGGACAGAACCAAGUCUUAGAGGGGCACCGGGCAGUAAGGAUGCGGUGAAAGAGCCUGGGUCGGGCUUAGGCUCCAGGGCGAACUUCCUGAAGGGACCGGCUGAGAUGUGCUUAACUGACCCCAGGAGAAGAGGCUGCGAGAGUCCCCGACACAGGACUCUGCAUGGUGGUGACAGUGGGAACUUCUGCAGAACUUGACCAGGGAACAGCAGUGCUGGCCCAGGGCUAGAGAACAUCAGGCUCCUUCAGAGAAGUGGAGGGGGAAAUUGGGGAUAAUGUAGCUCCUGAAAUGAAGAGGCAAAGGAGAGGCAUGGAAGUGGCGCAAGGAGAGCGAACGCAGCCUCCCGUAGCCGAUCCAGACCUCGCUCGGACUCGACUAGAAAACCGCGGGUGAAGAAUCCGGGGCGGCGGCCGUGAGGGGAGUGGUUCCGGCAUCCUCUGCUAUCUCCAAGCGAAGUUAUUUUCCUACCUGCUGGAUACCGUGAGGCGCCAUGAUUGGCUGCAGGCCGAUGGCUCGUGCGUGGAUUGGAUGCUUGGACAGGGCGGCCGAGCCCGAGCCCGCCCCCCGAACCUUCAAAUAAGAAGGACCGCGGGGAAGUACAGGCAGACGCGAAGCUGUGUUGCCGGCUAGUGGGACGGCCUGGCGAAGGGCGAGGAGCCGGCCGUGCGGGCGCAAAGGCACUAGGCUCCACACAGGGAGCCCACCUGCUCAGCUGAGCCACUGCAGCGCCCCCUGCGGAAGUCCCGGGGCCGUCGGGCUCGCGUCUCACCUCCAGCCAUGGGGUCAGCAGCGCUGGAGAUCCUCGGCCUGGUGCUGUGUCUGAUGGGCUGGGUGGGCCUGAUCCUGGCAUGCGGGCUGCCAAUGUGGCAGGUGACCGCUUUCCUGGACCACAACAUCGUGACGGCGCAGACCACCUGGAAGGGGCUGUGGAUGUCGUGCGUGGUGCAGAGCACGGGGCACAUGCAAUGCAAGGUCUACGACUCGGUGCUGGCGCUGAGCACCGAGGUGCAAGCAGCGCGGGCGCUCACGGUGAGCGCCGUACUGCUGGCGCUCGUCGCACUCUUCCUGACCCUGGCGGGCGCUCAGUGCACCACCUGCGUGGCCCCGGGUCCCAGCAAGGCGCGCGUGGCUCUCACGGGUGGUGCUCUCUACGCGCUCUGCGGGCUGCUGGCGCUCGUGCCGCUCUGCUGGUUCGCCAACAUCGUGGUCCGCGAAUUCUACGACCCGAAUGUGCCCGUGUCGAACAAGUACGAACUGGGUGCUGCGCUCUACAUCGGCUGGGCAGCCUCGGCGCUGCUCAUGUGCGGCGGCGGCCUCGUGUGUUGUGGAGCCUGGGUCUGCGCCGGCCGUCCUGACCUCAGCUUCCCUGUGAAGUACUCGGCUCCGCGGCGGCCCACCACCAGCGGCGACUACGACAAGAAAAACUACGUCUGAGAGCGCUGGGACGGAAGAGCCCCUGGUGCCAGCCGCGCUCACGCCCGGAGGACUGGCCAGGGAGCCCUGCAUGGACGGAGGCCUCCGCUGGGUCGCGCCGCUCACUGGUUACGCGGAACGCGGCCCGCCAACGGGACCCUGCUCGGGCCCGCAGCCCAUCCACUCCGACUGUCACUCGCUGGGCCCUGGGCGGUGCCCUGCCCUGAACAGGCGACGCGCACUUGGGAGGACUUGCUCGGUUUACUUUCUGUGGGAAGUGCUGGCUCCGACGUGGGUGGGGCACGGGUUCCUUGGCUCUGUGGGCACGAGACUACACUUUUCCCCCUGUCCGGCCUGGUCUUGGACGCCACUCUACUUUCCAGCGGCUCCUGCUGAUUCCAGAGGGACAGAGGGCUUGGGGCUCCCAAACUGAGCUGCCUGAAAGCUGUGUAUAGCUGGCCUUUACCCCAUCAGCAGGGCCUGAGCCUAGGGGUCCAAGAGACUUGCUUUGGACCUCCCUCCCUCAGCCCUGCAAUUUGCCAGGUGCACAAGAUCUGAGUGUGGGGCUGAGGCCCUGCCCUCCUUCAGUUUGGGGGAUGGCAAGAAUUUGUUUAGUAAACGGUUUGAAUACCCUUCCACCUGUGUUCUGUUGUCUGUCCAUCCAGUCACCCAACUCCUCCCUGAAAGGCCCUGUGAGAA